UCAGUGCUCAGUGAGAGCGGCCCCUGUACAGAAGUAUGCACGCAAGGUUUCCAAGGGUGAAACAGUUCUGUUAGAUUUGCAGGAAGCUGAUCUGAAGGGCCUGCCUGAAAUGUACUAUAGAGGAGAAGGGCCUUUCUUCGCUUCUAUAAAUGGUUAUGUUGCUGGGAAUCUCUGCAAAGUCUUUCCUCAGUUCUACAAAACGAAAUGGUGACAGAUAAGGGCAUGCUGCACAGCUGACUGAGAGGAAAAAUCACCCGUGUUGGAGCACUGGCCCAUCCAGACUCCUCCCCCAUGGCCUGAUGCAUGAAACCAGCCUCCCGCUGAAAGGUGACACUCUAUGGGACAGGUUCCCUUAGUCACCCUGUGGGCACUUGUCAGCCCACAAGAGAAUGGAGCCGAUGGCUGUGUCCGCAGUGACGAUUUUGUGAAUGAUCCUUCUUCUUUUUCUGUCUUCUCUGUUUUUCUCCUGCCUGACCUUUUCCUGGCUAAAAAUCUGGGGUAAAAUGACAGACCCCAAGCACGUUGCCAAGAGUAAUUUGGAAGCAAGCUCUGUUCCAAGCCAGGAGCCCUUUCCAGCCCCAGACAGCUUAGAGGAGCCACUGCAGAAAAAUGACAGCAGCUCUCUGCCAAAGACUCCUAAGCAGGCUGAGCCAAACUCCUACAGUGGCUCCACAGAUGCCUGUCGGCUCAGAACCUCCGAGCCACCCCUUUGCCCGGAUCUUCCCCAAGAAAGCCUUUCCUCUGAUGACACCUCCCCAGCACCCCAAGCCAAUGGGAUGGGGCCCGAAGGCAUGAAGUCCCCAGAGACCAAUGGCCUGUCCUCACCAGCCAGGUCUCAGGGCCAGCACGCCAGACCCCUUUCCAAAGAUGACAAGAAACAGGAACACAUCAAGAGGCAGCUGAUGACUAACUUCAUCCUGGGCUCCUUCGACGACAACUCCUCCGACGAGGACCCCGGGGCCGGCUGGUUCCGAGAGUCUUCGCGGAAGGGCAGCCGAGCCAGCCUGGGGGCCCUGUCUCUGGAGGCUGCUCGGACCGCAAGUGAGCCUGAGACCCCUGUCCCCACUCUAAGGCCCAGCAUGUCAGGGCUCCACCUGCAGAAGAGGGGCCGCGAGCAGAAGAAGCUGGACUUGCACAGAGACUUUACCGUAGCUUCCCCGGCUGAGUUUGUCACACGCUUUGGUGGGGAUCGGGUCAUCGAGAAGGUGCUCAUCGCCAACAAUGGCAUCGCCGCUGUGAAGUGCAUGCGCUCCAUCCGCAGGUGGGCCUAUGAGAUGUUCCGCAAUGAGCGGGCCAUCCGGUUUGUAGUCAUGGUGACCCCAGAGGACCUGAAGGCUAAUGCAGAGUAUAUCAAGAUGGCAGAUCAGUACGUUCCUGUUCCAGGAGGGCCCAAUAACAACAAUUACGCCAACGUGGAGCUGAUUGUGGACAUUGCCAAGAGAAUCCCCGUGCAGGCGGUGUGGGCUGGUUGGGGCCAUGCUUCUGAAAACCCCAAACUUCCGGAGCUCCUGUGCAAGCACGAGAUUGCUUUCUUAGGCCCUCCCAGCAAGGCCAUGUGGGCCCUAGGAGAUAAGAUCGCCUCCACCAUUGUGGCCCAGACGCUGAAGAUCCCAACGCUGCCCUGGAGCGGAAGCGGUCUGACGGUGGAGUGGACAGAAGAUAGUUUGCAGCAGGGGAAAAGAAUCAAUGUCCCAGAAGAUGUGUACAACCAGGGUUGUGUGAAAGAUGUAGAGGAAGGCUUGGAGGCAGCAGAAAAAAUUGGUUUUCCGUUGAUGAUCAAAGCUUCUGAAGGUGGUGGAGGGAAAGGAAUACGGAAGGCGGAUAGUGCCGAGGACUUCCCAAUCCUUUUCAGACAAGUUCAGAGUGAGAUCCCAGGCUCCACGGUCUUUCUCAUGAAGCUGGCCCAGCACGCCCGCCACCUGGAGGUCCAGAUCCUCGCGGAUCAGUACGGGAACGCCGUGUCUCUGUUCGGGCGUGACUGUUCCAUCCAGCGGCGGCACCAGAAGAUCAUCGAGGAGGCACCGGCCACCAUCGCCACACCAGCUGUGUUCGAGUUCAUGGAGCAGUGUGCAGUCCACCUGGCCAAGACUGUGGGCUACGUGAGUGCAGGGACGGUUGAAUACCUCUAUAGCCAGGACGGCAGCUUCCACUUCUUGGAGCUGAAUCCUCGCCUGCAGGUGGAGCACCCCUGCACGGAAAUGAUCGCUGACGUCAACCUGCCAGCCGCCCAGCUACAGAUCGCCAUGGGUGUGCCGUUGCACCGGCUGAAGGAUAUCCGGCUUCUGUAUGGAGAGUCACCAUGGGGGGUGACACCUAUUUCUUUUGAGACCUCUUCCAGCCCUCCCCUCGCCCGAGGCCACGUCAUUGCAGCCAGAAUCACCAGUGAAAACCCAGAUGAGGGGUUUAAGCCGAGCUCCGGAACAGUCCAGGAGUUGAAUUUCCGCAGCAGCAAGAAUGUGUGGGGGUACUUCAGCGUGGCUGCUACUGGUGGCUUACACGAAUUUGCGGAUUCCCAGUUCGGGCACUGCUUCUCCUGGGGAGAAAACCGGGAAGAGGCCAUUUCGAACAUGGUGGUGGCUUUGAAGGAACUUUCCAUCCGGGGUGACUUCAGGACCACCGUAGAGUAUCUCAUUAACCUGCUGGAGACGGAGAGCUUCCAGAACAAUGACAUCGACACUGGGUGGUUGGACCACCUCAUCGCCGAGAAAGUGCAGGCUGAGAAGCCAGAUAUCAUGCUCGGGGUGGUGUGCGGAGCCUUGAAUGUGGCCGAUGCAAUGUUCAGAACCUGCAUGACGGAUUUCCUACACUCCCUGGAAAGGGGCCAGGUCCUCCCUGCAGAUUCUCUGCUGAACAUCGUGGACGUGGAAUUAAUUUAUGGAGGCAUUAAGUACAUUCUCAAGGUGGCCCGGCAGUCUCUGACCAUGUUUGUCCUCAUUAUGAAUGGCUGUCACAUUGAGAUUGAUGCCCACCGGCUGAAUGACGGUGGACUGCUGCUGUCCUACAACGGUAGCAGCUACACCACCUACAUGAAAGAAGAGGUCGACAGUUACCGAAUUACCAUCGGCAACAAGACAUGCGUGUUUGAGAAGGAGAAUGAUCCCACAGUCCUGAGGUCCCGUUCGGCUGGGAAGCUGAUGCAGUACAUGGUGGAGGAUGGGGGUCAUGUCGAGGCUGGGAGCAGCUACGCUGAGAUUGAGGUGAUGAAGAUGGUCAUGGCCCUGAGCGUGCAGGAAAGUGGCCGGGUGAGAUACGUCAAGCGUCCCGGGGCCAUGCUGGAAGCAGGCUGCCUGGUGGCCAGGCUGGAGCUUGAUGAUCCUUCUAAAGUGCACCCGGCCAAGCCAUUCACAGGAGAGCUCCCUUCCCAGCAAACCCUGCCCAUCCUUGGGGAGAAACUGCACCAGGUUUUCCACGGGGUCCUGGAAAACCUGACCAACAUUAUGAGUGGCUACUGUCUGCCAGAGCCUAUUUUUAGCAUAAAGCUGAAGGAGUGGGUGCAGAAGCUCAUGGUGACCCUCCGGCACCCGUCACUGCCGCUGCUGGAGCUGCAGGACAUCAUGACCAGCGUGUCGGGCCACAUCCCUGGCCCCGUGGAGAAGGCGGUGCGCAGGGUGAUGGCUCAGUAUGCCAGUAACAUCACCUCAGUGCUGUGCCAGUUCCCCAGCCAGCAGAUAGCCACCAUCCUGGACUGCCACGCAGCCACCCUGCAGCGGAAGGCCGACCGGGAGGUCUUCUUCAUGAAUACCCAGAGCAUCGUGCAGUUGGUCCAGAGAUACCGCAGCGGAACCCGCGGCUACAUGAAGACAGUGGUAUUGGAUCUCCUGCGAAGAUACUUAAGCGUCGAGCACCAUUUCCAACAAGCCCACUAUGACAAGUGUGUGAUAAACCUCAGGGAGCAGCUGAAGCCAGACAUGUCCCAGGUGCUGGACUGCAUCUUUUCCCACUCGCAGGUGGCCAAGAAGAACCAGCUGGUGAUCAUGUUGAUUGAUGAGCUUUGUGGCCCAGACCCUUCCCUGUCGGACGAGCUGACCUCCAUCCUCAACGAGCUCACUCAGCUGAGCAAAAGCGAGCACUGCAAGGUGGCCCUCAGAGCCAGACAGGUCCUGAUUGCCUCCCACCUCCCCUCCUACGAGCUCAGGCACAACCAGGUGGAGUCCAUUUUCCUCUCUGCCAUCGACAUGUAUGGCCACCAGUUCUGCCCAGAAAACCUCAAGAAAUUAAUACUCUCAGAAACGACCAUAUUUGAUGUCCUGCCCACUUUCUUCUACCAUGCUAACAAAGUCGUUUGCAUGGCAUCCUUAGAGGUUUAUGUGAGGAGAGGCUACAUCGCCUAUGAGUUAAACAGUCUGCAGCACCGGCAGCUCCCGGACGACACCUGUGUCGUAGAAUUCCAGUUCAUGCUGCCCUCCUCCCACCCGAACCGGAUGGCCGUGCCCAUCAGUGUCACCAACCCUGAUCUGCUGAGGCACAGCACUGAGCUCUUCAUGGACAGCGGCUUCUCCCCACUGUGCCAGCGGAUGGGCGCCAUGGUCGCCUUCCGGAGAUUCGAGGAUUUCACCAGGAACUUUGACGAAGUCAUCUCCUGCUUCGCCAACAUGCCCAGGGACAUCCCCCUCUUCAGCAAGGCCCAUGCAUCCCUGUACUCUGAGGACGACAGCACGAGCCUCAGAGACGAGCCAAUCCACAUCCUAAACGUGGCUAUCCAGUGCGCAGACCACCUGGAGGAUGAGGAGCUGGUGCCGAUUUUCCGGACGUUUGCACAGUCCAAGAAAAACAUCCUUGUGGAUUAUGGGCUGCGAAGAAUCACGUUCCUGAUUGCCCAAGAGAAAGAAUUUCCCAAGUUUUUCACAUUCAGAGCAAGAGACGAGUUUGCCGAAGAUCGCAUUUACCGUCAUUUGGAGCCCGCCCUGGCCUUCCAGCUGGAGCUCAGCCGGAUGCGCAACUUUGAUCUCACCGCCGUGCCCUGUGCCAACCACAAGAUGCACCUUUACCUGGGUGCUGCCAGAGUCAAAGAAGGCACAGAAGUGACAGAUCAUAGGUUCUUCAUCCGUGCCAUCAUCAGGCACUCGGACCUGAUCACAAAGGAAGCCUCCUUUGAGUACCUGCAGAACGAGGGUGAGCGUCUUCUCCUGGAGGCCAUGGACGAGCUGGAGGUGGCAUUCAACAACACGGCCGUGCGCACGGACUGCAACCACAUCUUCCUCAACUUCGUGCCCACCGUCAUCAUGGACCCCUCCAAGAUCGAGGAGUCUGUGCGCUCCAUGGUUAUGCGCUAUGGCAGCCGUCUGUGGAAACUCCGCGUGCUACAGGCUGAGGUCAAGAUCAACAUCCGACAGACCACCACGGGCAGGGCUUUUCCCAUCCGCCUGUUCAUCACCAACGAGUCCGGCUACUACCUGGACAUCAGCCUCUACAAGGAAGUCACUGACCCCAGAUCUGGAAACAUCCUGUUUCACUCCUUUGGCAACAAACAGGGACCCCAGCACGGGAUGCUGAUCAACACUCCCUAUGUCACCAAGGAUCUGCUUCAGGCCAAGCGCUUCCAGGCCCAGUCCCUGGGAACCACCUAUGUGUAUGACUUCCCAGAAAUGUUCAGGCAGGCUCUCUUUAAACUAUGGGGCUCUCCAGACAAGUACCCCAAAGACAUCCUGACAUACACUGAACUGGUGCUGGACCCUCAGGGCCAGCUGGUGGAGAUGAAUCGACUUCCUGGAGGAAACGAGGUGGGCAUGGUGGCCUUCAAAAUGAGACUUAAGACCCCAGAGUAUCCAGAAGGGCGGGACAUAAUUGUCAUCAGCAAUGACAUCACCUUCCACAUCGGAUCCUUUGGCCUGGGAGAAGACUUUCUGUACCUGCGGGCAUCUGAGAUGGCCCGGGCGGAGGGUAUCCCCAAAAUCUACAUCGCAGCCAACAGUGGGGCCCGUAUUGGCCUUGCAGAGGAAAUCAAACACAUGUUCCAGGUGGCUUGGGUGGACCCAUCAGACCCCUACAAGGGAUUUAAAUAUUUGUACCUGACCCCCCAAGACUACACCAAAAUCAGCUCCUUGAACUCUGUCCACUGUAAACACAUCGAGGAGGAGGGAGAAUCCAGGUACGUCAUCACGGAUAUCAUUGGGAAGGACAAUGGCCUGGGCGUGGAGAACCUGAAAGGCUCGGGUAUGAUUGCUGGGGAGUCCUCGCUGGCGUAUGACGAGAUUGUCACCAUCAGCUUGGUGACCUGCCGAGCCCUCGGAAUCGGGGCCUACUUGGUGAGGCUGGGCCAGCGAGUGAUCCAGGUGGAAAAUUCCCACAUCAUCCUGACGGGAGCAAGUGCUCUCAACAAGGUCCUGGGCAGAGAGGUGUACACGUCCAACAACCAGCUCGGCGGUGUGCAGAUCAUGUAUUACAAUGGUGUCUCCCACAUCACCGUGCCAGACGACUUCGAGGGUGUCUGUGCCAUCCUGGAGUGGCUGUCCUAUAUGCCAAAGGAUAACCACAGUCCAGUCCCUAUCAUCACACCCACGGACCCCAUUGACAGAGAAAUCGAAUUCACCCCAACCAGGACUCCCUACGACCCCCGCUGGUUGCUUGCAGGAAGGCCUCACCCAACUCUGAAGGGAUCCUGGCAGAGUGGAUUCUUCGACCAGGGCAGUUUCAAGGAAAUCAUGGCACCCUGGGCCCAGACAGUGGUGACGGGCCGAGCAAGGCUUGGGGGGAUCCCUGUCGGAGUAAUUGCCGUGGAGACACGGACUGUGGAGGUGGUGGUGCCUGCAGACCCUGCCAACCUGGAUUCUGAGGCCAAGAUACUCCAGCAGGCGGGCCAGGUGUGGUUACCAGACUCGGCCUACAAGACGGCCCAGGUCAUCAAGGACUUCAACAGGGAGAAGUUGCCCCUAAUGAUCUUUGCCAACUGGAGGGGCUUCUCUGGUGGCACGAAAGACAUGUAUGACCAGGUGCUGAAGUUUGGGUCCUACAUCGUGGAUGGCCUCAGGCAGUACAAACAGCCGAUCCUGAUCUAUAUCCCACUCUGUGCAGAGCUCCGGGGGGGCUCCUGGGUGGUCUUGGAUGCCUCCAUCAACCCCCUGUGCAUAGAAAUCUACGCAGACAAAGACAGCAGGCAGAGUAUUUUGGAGCCAGAGGGAACAGUAGAGAUUAAGUUCCGGAAGAAAGAUUUGAUAAAGACCAUGAGGAGGAUCGACCCAAUUUACCAGAAGCUCGUGCAACAGCUAGGAAUGCCUGAGCUCUCCGACAAGGACCGCAAGGACCUGGAGGGCCAGCUGAAGGCCCGGGAGGACCUGCUGCUGCCCAUGUACCACCAGGUGGCGGUGCACUUUGCUGACCUCCACGACACGCCUGGCAGGUUGCUGGAGAAGGGCAUCAUCUCAGAUGUCCUGGAGUGGAAGACCUCCCGCACCACUCUGUACUGGCGUCUGCGCCGCCUCCUGCUGGAGGAGCGGGUCACGCAGGAGGUCCUGCGGGCCAGCAGUGAGCUGAGCCAUGCGCACAUCCAGUCCAUGCUGCGCCGCUGGUUUGUGGAGUCCGAGGGGGCCGUCAAGGCCUACCUGUGGGACAACAACCAGAUGGUGGUGCAGUGGCUGGAGCAGCACUGGCAGGCGGGGGACAGCCUGCACUCCACCAUCCGUGAGAACAUCGGGUACCUCAGGCGGGACUCCAUCCUCAAGACCAUCCAGGGCCUGGUUCAAGAAAACCCUGAGGUGGCUGUGGACUGCAUAGUAUACAUGAGCCAGUUCCUCAGCCCGACCGAGCGGACCCAAGUCAUUCACCUCCUGUCCACCAUGGACAGCCCAGCCUCCACCUGACCUGGCUCCCCCCAGCAGGACCACGGGCCAGAGAAACCAUGCCAACCCACCAACCACACACGGGCCCUCACCGGGACCUAGGGGGGUUGCCUUAAGAAGAAAAGAUGCUGGGCAUUCCUGCAGGGCUGCAGGCCCCCAGCUCACGCCUGUCUCAAUAAAAGGCCCCGGAGCACCUCCUCCCAAGCAGCAGCAGCCUCCUUCCGUGACUGGGAAGUGGGUUCUGUCUUGUGUCUUGGGACAGCAUUUUUGCUGCAUCCCCGGAUCAGCAGGAUGCAACACGCAGCCCUCCCCCCCCCCCACUCCAUUGCCCUUGGCCUUCCAAUGCCUGGCAUGCAGGAUCUAGAUGUUCUUACCAGGUUCGUUUUGUAUCAGAUCAUGGAAUCUUUUAUUUUUUUACUCUGAGACCAACUCUGGAUGUAAGCAUCUUAAAUAUUUCAGCAGAAUAAACAGGCCAAGGGAAGAACUACAGGGAUAAGAAAAACCUUAUUUUUGUAAUGAUGCUGAUUUGCAUGCUGGCAAGUUAUCCACAGAAGGGUAUAGAUGAUUUUUUAUUAAGAGCAUCAAAUGGUAUUUUGUUCCCCAAAUGGUCCCUAGUGAAUCACUAGGAAUGUUCUGUUGGCAGACCAUGUUUAAUCCUUAUUAGCAGAGAUUCUCUUUUCAAGAGGGAGAAAGCAAGAUGAGCAGAAUUUCCUGGCCGUAAGCUCCAGGGCACUUGGAGGCUGCUUCUACAUGGCUCACAGCCCUCCGCCUCUCCUUUGCUCCCAGGAGAACAAGGACCAGCCCCCUCCCCAGUCACAGGCCCUCCUGCCCGGGCCGGGAGCUCCGAGGCAGAAGGGAAGCCUUCACAAACUCACAGCCCCACUUGCCUACAAACGUCCCUCCUGCGAUCACCACCACCCCCUCGGAGGGCCCACUCAGGCCACCAUCACCCCCUUGCCAGGCAAAGCUGUUGAUUCCCAGGGACCAGACUGCACCCAUUUACUCGGGGAGGCCUUCGUGACUCGCACAGCAGCACCUGGCACUGAAGGUGGCACAGAGUCAGCAUGACGGGUCCUGGGUGCCAGCGAUGGGGGGAUGUGGCCCUUCUCUGCUGCUUUGCCGGGCAGUUUGUCUGAGGACACCAUGUUACACCUGGCCAGUUUGGAGGCCAACAGGGUUGCCCAGGGAAGCCCCACCAGCCGGGGUGCUGGAGGAUGUCCGAGUUUAUGAAGUCUGGUCAUCAGCCAGUGACAGCUCUGGCAGAUGAAGGUGGCAUGGGGCAGUGAGGAAGGUGAGCCAUCUGUUGUUCUACCCUGCAGCCAGUGGGCUGGGGGAGUCCAUGCUGCUUUGGGAACUGAUCGUUUUGUGUGUGGGAAGGCCAUUAGUUCGGGAGGGAAACUCCAUUCAUGGCUAGCUGCUACCUAGGAGCCGUGGGUGGGAGAACCUCCCAGGAGAUGUGUGGAAUAAAGCGAUUUUUAAAGAAAGCA